ACCGUGAUUAUAUAAACUGUUGUUUAUCUUAUAAACGUGUGGAAAUAGAUAUAGGUGUCGAAUAUUCGUGUGUUAUUGAUGUGAAAAUUUUAAAAUGGCGUAGCUGUCAAUUUUCGCGCCUUCGUUUUUGUAAACAAAAACAAGUGCGCGUGACAAGUGACAGAUCAUUAAUUGCGCGCCAUGUUCAACUUCUUUAAAAGAAAAGGCGGGAAGGCCGAACCGUCGCCCGAGACCUCACGGAGACAGCCGAGCGACAGCAAACCAUCCUCAGUCGAAGCUCGCGCGCCGCGAAAUGACAAUGACGUAACGAACGAAAAAUCGGUUCAACGCAAAGAUGUAGUUAACCUCUUGAUACCGGAAACCGAUUACAAUCAAAAGACCGGUGUCAGCGCCAUAUUACAAAUAAUGGCGGGCAAACGGAAAAGGAACAAAAGAAAACGGGACUACAAAAUCGAGAACGAUACGAAACGAUGCAGCGACGCGACGCCUACGCCCGCCGAAAAUAAUCGAGACGCGCCCCAACCGUCUGACGAUCCGGCCGACUUCGUUAAAGCACUCGUGUUGCAAAAAUACGCAAAACCCGAGCCUAAACAACAACACGUGUCGUUAGUUUACGUGUCGAACGAGCCAGACUUGGAAGACAAACGACAUGCGGAAGCAUUACUGCGCGAGAUCGCUAAAAGCAUCGAUUGUACCAUCGACAAAUUAAAUGAGAAACAAAUGGGAACCACGGACAGUAGGCUCGUUAAGGAAGCGCCAGUUUAUGAAACAGUUGAGAAAAAGUCCAUCGAUACAUACAAAAAUAACCUUAAAGGUGAGCUGGAGAAAUUGAUACAGGACGAGAACAAAGAUGAUGAUGCGAAAAACGACAAAGAGAGUUCAGAAUCGCCUGCAACUAGGAAGUCGAAUUUGAAACCGCCGCGCUCGGACAACGAAGGUUGUUCGGACGACGAUCGUUCUGACAACGGUAAAAAGCGCGUUACAUUCAGAAAGCACAUAAUCUUCGACGAUGGUGAACAACAAACGGAUGAAGAAGUAGAUUCAUCAUUCGAAUCUCUUACUUCUGAAGAAGCUGACUAUCUAGAAGACUUACCAGAUAACGAUGAACUUCUAGGUGGUUAUGUUGUUUCUAAAAACGAUAAUAAAACAGUUAUUAAUGUUAAUCAAAAUGAACCGAUUAUAAAAGUUGAGUGCGUUGAUGACUUGAGACGAAUAACAAGUGACAACAGUGAUAGUGGAUUCAUAGAAGGUGAUAAGAAUGAAUCGAGUGAUGAAACCAGUGAUGUUAAGAGUAUCGCAGAGAGUGAAGACAGUGAAUCGGAGGAAGAAAUUGAGGAGAUUGCUGAAGAAAUAGAAGAAGAGAGCGAAGUCGAUAUCGUAGAUGCAGAAGUAGAUAAUGCAGCAGAAACGAAGGACCUCGUGACUCAAGAGAGCCGGUUCCAGUCGCAAGUGGCCGCGCUGACUGAGCUGGCGGACUCGAGGUGUGACGAGGCUGAACGGGCGCGGGAACUGAUCGUUUCUUACAGGAAAGAUAUAGAAGCUAAGGACCAGGAGAUUGAGCAAUUAAAAUGCGAUUUAGCAGCCGCGUACAAAGAGUCAGAGCUCGUCAGACAGAGGAGUCGGUCGCUAGAGGAGGAAUUGUCUGCAGCAAGACGAUGCUCCGCGGAUUUGGCUGACCAAUUACAGAGGAGAAUAGAGGAAGCUAAAAAACAGUUACGAUCAGAACUAGAAGAUGCUCUCACACAUCGGGCCCAGCUGGAGACGAAAGUCCAGGCGCUGGAGCGGGACAAGGAGAGGUUGGAACAAGAGAAACUUCUGCAAGAGCAAAAGGCGAAAGAGGCUUUAGAAGCAGCGGAAGAGAAUACAGCAAAAUGGCGACUGGCUCACGAAUCAGCUCGGUCACAAGCUGCGGCGAGGGCGGAAAGGAUGCUGGCAGACUGCGAGUGGAAGAUGAGAGAGUUGGAGAAGAGAGCAAGAGAUGCAGAGAAGGAGAAAAAAGAGUUAUCAGAAUCACUAGAGCAACUCAAAUCGGCACCACCGACGCCUUCCCAUAUCGCUGAACUCCAGCAGUUGAGGGGACUGGCUUCAGAACAACAGAGAUCAGUACAAUCCCUGGCACUGCAGCUGCAGAAGAUAGAAACAAGAGAAGAAACAUUAAAGUUAGAAGUGCACAGGUUAAAAGAUUUGUUGGAAAAGGAAGGGCAGAUUAGGAGGGAUAAAGAAGAACAGCAUUUGCAGGCAAUGAAUCGCCUCGAACAGCAACACUCCGAUAAAAUAUCAGCGCUGAAAGCGGAACACGCUGAAGCCGUCGCCAACGCAGCCAGCGCUCGUGCAGCGCUCGAGCGAGCGCACGCCGAGCGCACGCGCACCGCGCUCGCGCAGCUCCGCGCGGAGGCGGAGAGGGACGCCAAGAACGCGGACAGGAAGCUCCGGGAACUCACUGCUAGGUUUGAAAAUCUCAAAGAAGUAUUAUCCUCGAAAGAGUCACAAUUCGAGAGCGCUAUCGCUGAGGCGAAUAGCAAGGCUGACUGGGACAUUCUGCAGCUCAGACAUUUACUGGACAAGGCUGAUAUCAACUACGCGAACAACAUCGAGGCUAUGAAUGAGAGAUUUGAAAGAGAAAAAGAGCUAUUAAUAAAAGAAUGGUCGGAGAAGCUGCAGCAAGUCGAGCAGCAGUCGUCCAUCGCGGUAGAUGACGCGAGGAAACUUCUAGAAACGACUAGACUGACCCUCAUCGCGGAGAAGAAUGAUCAGAUCAACAAACUGAAGGAGAAACAUCGACAGGAGAUGGAUGAUCAAUGGGAGCUUUUUAUGACCGACAAAGAGAAUUGCCUUCAACGAAUGAAAUUGGAAUGCAGACAAGAGGGAGAAGAGGAUCGGGCUAAGAGGGAGAGAGAUCUUAUGGAGGAAAUAGAGGACCUGAAAGCACAAAUACAUUCAAAAGUAGCAGACUUUGAUGAUUUAACAUCAAAAGCCGCGGCUUGCGGACGAACAUUGGCAGUCACUGAACAAGAAUUGAGAGAAGCGCUAGAGCGAGAGAAGGAGCUACGAGAAAAGAGGAUAGAAGACGCGUCAAAUCUGAAGCAGUGUCAGAAAGCGUCGCAGGAGCAAAUCGAGCAUUUAACAAGAAAGUGUGCGUGUUUAAGGAAACUUUUCGAUGACAUGCGCGCUCGUCUCGCGGCUCGCGAGCGCGCCGCGGAGCAGGAAGCUCGCUCGCGAGAAAAGGAGCUCCACCACCUGCGGGCUGAGGUCGCCAGGCUCACCAAGCUACUCGUGGAACAGAGUUGUCCAAAACUAGGAGCUCGUACGCGCGCGGACGGUUGUGAAAACUCGAUUCAAAACGAGGAGUCUUUUUUAUCCAAGAACGGGCCUCUAGCGUGUGAGACGCAACCGAACGCGCCAAGAAGAAAAGGAGGAACUCUCCGUACACCGGAACUUGCUAGGAAACGUCCAACAUUGCCAGAACUACAACCUCUCCCGCCUGAAGCGCGCCGUAACUACGCGGACAUACAAAAUGGCCGACGACGCGCCAAAAGCGUCGACCUCCCCGCUGUACAAGUUCCUGUUCGAAUAAAACAACUAGAAGAAAAAACUAAAGAAUAAAAUAAUAUAAUGAUCGGUGUAUUUGAAUAAUAAAGUUUGUUUUAUUAAUAAAUAUUAAGUAUAUUAUUCAGGAAUAAUUUAGAUUGAAACGGAUUUUCAUUUAUGUUAAUAUUUAUUGCGCAAUUCAAAUAUUUAUAUAUAAUUCAGAUUUUUUCAGAAUAUUAUUUUUAAUAUGAAACCCGCAUAUAACGAUCACAUUAUUAUUAUUAAUGAAAUUCUACGUUAUCAAAAUUAUUGACACAUAAUCGAAACUGCAACCACUUUAAAGUCAGUCGUUUUUUCUAGGAGUAAUAGGUAAUGCUUUGAAUAAUGCUUUCAACAUAUUGGAUAUAUUUAAAAACUAUUUUAAAAUUUUGUCACUGGUCAUUUUUUCUUUUUACUUUAGUAGCUUAAAUAAAAAGGUGUUAUUACGAUUUCAAUUUUCAAAUAUAUCAGUUUGAAAAUAGAAAUUGUUCUGUUUUUUAACUUAAAGUUACUUUAUACUCUUUAUUCAUUCAAAUAAUAGUGUAGUAAUAUCGAAUAGAAAAGGGUAUCAAAGUAACCGAAAACAAAUAUUUAUGGUAAAUAAAUAAUUCUUAACUCCGCUAGUUAUACAAUUAUUUAUACAAUAUUUAACUCUCUUAUUUUUAAUAGGUAACAUUUAUAAAUACAUUAAAAUUUAAUUUUUUUAAAUUAAGAACAUUUUUUGUUUACGGUUUUUGUAUUUCUUUCUUGUAAAUCUAUGGACGAAAUUAUUAGACUUUUUUAUGUGCAACUCCGAGGGUAUUGAACUAUUUUUGUUCAACGCAUUUUUUUUUCUUUAAUAUGUUGUUAUUGUACCUAACUUAAUCUUCCUAAGUUUCGUUUUUUUUUUUACAUUUAUGUAUAGAAAAAAAAGAUAGUAUCUUUUUAUAUUUUUGCGGCCUUACUUAUAAACGUUGCUGAGUGAUUAGUUAAACAAUGUCGGGUUUUCUUCUUUUGAAUGUCAAAUCAAUAAUGACAGAAAGAUCGAAAUAAAGUAUUUAACUAAACAGCCGCGACGCAACGUUUAUAAAUAAGGCUGUUAAUAGAUAAGCGCACAAAUGUAUUUUACCAAUAAAAUACGCGUAAGAUCGUUUUGUGAAAUAUUUUACAGGAUUUUAAUUAGGUAUGUAAACAUAAACUCAAUGUAAUGUAACACACUGGAACCUUCUGCCUUUCCAUUUAAUUAAAUAUAACGUAUGCAAUGUAUGUUAUUGUAUUGCAAUAUGUUCGCAUAAUUUUGAUGUAAAUAUUUUUUUUUUCAUAAUAAACUUUUUUUUUAAUUA